AUGAAAAUAGAGACUGAAAUCGCCUGUACUUAAAAAAAACGGAUUAAACUCUAAAAUUAUAGUGCAAAUAUUGUAAUAACUAUAAAUGUAUUCACAAACAAAAAAUAUUAUAAACAAAUUAUGAAAACGCAACACAAAAAAAAAUUUAAGCAAAUUUGCUUAAAUUUGGCGUGCGAUUUCAAUCUACUUUCGUUAGCCAAACUCUAUAUUUAUAUUCUGUGGUUAUGGCGGGAAAGUUUUGACAUACAGUUUGAACUUUGAAUGUGACAUUUAGAUUUAAAAGUUCAACUUGAAACUUCUAUUUACUUGAAAAAUUUUUGUUUGUCAAUUUUUUAAUUUGACUUACGAGCAGGUGUUUUUUAAUUUUGAUUUUUAUUCAAGUAUGGUUUCGUAAAAAACAAUACUAUCGUCGAAGCACGCUUAAAAUGUUUAUAGAGGACAUUAGGAAUGACUUUUACAAUGUUCUCCUGGGAAACCGAGUGCUGCUACUAGUGCACUACGACGUGGACGCGAUCUGCGCGUGUAAGAUCCUGCAGGAGCUGUUCCGAUGCGACAACGUGUCGUACACGCUGGUGCCAGUGGGCGGGCUGUCGGAGCUGAAGAGUGCGUACGAGGAGAACAACGAGGAGGUGAAGUACGUGGUGCUGGUGAACUGCGGCGGCACCGUGGACCUGGUGGACAUCCUGCAGCCCGACGAGCACGUCGUGUUCUUUGUGCUGGACUCGCACAAGCCCACCGACAUCUGUAACGUGUAUAGCGACGGCCAGGUGAGGCUGCUGUACAAGGAUGAAGAGGAGAACAUUCCCAACUUUGAUGACAUCUUCAGAGACGAUGAGGAUCAGGAAAACGAGGAGGAGCUAGAAGCGCGGCACGGGCUGGAGGCGCUGGUGGAGCGGCGCCGCGCGCGCAAGGCGUGGGAGGAGCGCCGCCACACGCUCAUGUUCAACUACACGCAGUUCUCGUACUACGGCAAGCCGAGCACGAGCGUGGCGCUGGAGCUGGCCGUGCGCGCGUCGCGCUGCACCGCGGCGGCGCUGUGGUGCGCCAGCGUGGCGGCGGCGGCGCACGCGGCGCUGCACUGCCGCUCGCCCGCGCGCUGCCUGCUCGACGCCGAGCCGCUGCACCGCUACGUGGCCGCCGCGCAGAGGAAGACCACCGACGACGACGUCCAUCAGGCGGCGCGCGUGGUGGUGGAGAAGGACGUGUGGCUGCCGCUGUACCGCUGGUGGUCGGUGGAGGGCGCCAUCAGCCACGCCGCCGCGCUGGCGCCGCAGCUGCGCCUGCACACGCACUCGGGCGCCGCGCGCCUGCGCCAGCUGCUGGCCGACAUGGGUUUCCCGCUGCAGCAGGCGCGCCAGGCCUACCGCUCCAUGGACGUGGAGCUGCGGCGCGCGCUGCUGCCCGCGCUGGAGGCGGCCGCGCCCCGCCAGCGCCUGCCCGCGCCCGCGCGCGCCGCCUUCCUGCUGCAGCGCCCGCACGCGCCCACGCUGGCGGCGCUCGACGUCGUCUACGCCAUCAUGGGCCUCAUCGAGAAUCAUUGGGUGUCGGUCAGGAGAGCACCCCGCGCGCGGAGGGCUUCCAGCACGCGCUGGCGGCGCUGGCGGUGGGCGGCGACGGCGAGAGCCUGCAGCGCGGCGUGGCGGCGGCGCGGCGCGCGCUGGAGGCGGUGGCGCGCGCGGCGCACGGCACGCUGGCGGCGCGCGCCGUGCUGCUGGCCGGGCCCUUCAACUACUUCAUCGUGCAGGAGGGCAGCCCGGAGGCGGCGGCGCUGCGGGGCCCGCUGUGGCUGGCGGAGGCGGCGCGCUGGGUGGGCGCCGCGCACUCGCACGCGCCGCGCCCGCUGCUGGCCAGCGCGCCCGGCGCCGACGGCGACUGCCUGCUGCUCGGCCUGCCGCCGCGCUUCGACCAGGAGCCCAGGAACCUUUUCGGUGCAGCGUUUGAGCAAGCCGCGACAAAGAGCGGCGCCUCCGUCUCCCUGGACUUUGUGGACUCGUCCAUCAUCAGCCUGCCCGUCUCGCAGCGAGCGCAGUUCCUCGACGCGCUCACGGCGCUGCUGGCGUGACAGGACCGUGCCAGGACCGCUACGUGACCGUGUAAACUACCCCUUAAACUUAAACACUGUGCGUGUGUUCUGACAAACAGUCUUCAUCACUUGAGGAUAGAGUUACAAACCAAAUGACCUCAGCUAGAGCAUCACCAGUAUAGGAGUGGACUUGGAGCGUAGGCCCACCAUGCCGCUCCAAUGCAGGUUGACAGACUUAAGGUAAUAAUGUUUGACACAAGAUUAGAGGUUAAGGAUGAUGAUCUGGACUGACAGUUUAACAGCUCUCUAACGUCAGCUCACUGUUCAUGUGUUGGAAGAAAAUCAUUAUUUCAUCACCUGACCCGAACUCGACUCUUGAGACCUUUUGAUCCAAAGCCACAUAGACUACACUGCACUCAUGAGGCAGUUCAGUUUGAACAACUAAACAAGGGUUUUUAAUUAUCAAUUAUCAGGUCAGAUUAACUGUUAUUAUAAAAUAAAAAAAAAAAUUUGCCUUUCAUAAAUUCAAACUGCUGAUAUGCUGUGAGUAUGCUAGAGCAUGUGUAAAAAAAUUAUUCUACUGUAAAAUAGUUCUUUAUUUAUUGUCACUUUCAAAACAUUAAAAUUAAUACAAUAUAAUUAACAAUGAAUAAAGUGCAAAACAAUGAGAGCUGUUAACUGUUGAAUUGAGUGUAAGUUUUGUAUCACAUUGUCAUACUUACCAACGUUGGUCUGUUGAGCGGCUCUCUUCUAUAACGAGAGCUAUGCUAUUUCAGUUUAUAAAUAUAUCAUAAUAGAAAAAGUUACACAAAGUCUGUUGUCAAAUUCGUAAUAUAUUUUCUUUAAUGUACUGUUUAAUAUAGAAUAAUAAGUAAUUGUAAUGUAGGUUAAUUUUAAUGAAAUUAAAUUAUUGUGUAAGCGUCAAAUAUUUAUUGAUAUUUUAGGUUGAAUGUGGAAUAAAGUGUGUACAUUACAGAAU